GCUCCUCCUCUCCUCUUCUCGCGAGAGGUGGCUCCGGGUCUCGCGAGAGUUGGCGGGUGCCCCCCUUGGACGCGGAGCCGUUUCGCUUUGGGAAGUGAGCGGGUAGAGCGGCGGGCCGGGCCGAACCGGGCAGGGCUGGGGUGGGGGGGAAGGAAGGAAGGAGACACAGGCGGCGACGGUUCCCCUGUGGGCCUUCGGGCUGAGGAAGCCGCGCGGCGGCCCGCGGGGCCCGGGCGCCCCCGGUGCUGAGGGGGUGAGGAGGGAUCGCGGGCCCAGGCCUCGCCUUCCCGGGGUGCCCCCCCUUCCCCUACCGCGGCGCUGCCCCUUCGGGCCUGGGCCCCUCGGAUGAGGCGGUGAGGCCGGUGCCUUUCCCGCUGCCGGUUCCUGCCCCCCUCACACCCCCUUCCGCCUCCUCCGGGGCCUGGCGGGGCCGCGCUCCCCGCCCCGCUCCCCAUGUAGGAGGGGGUGUCUGGCGGCAGGGAGGGCCGAGGCCGGGGUGGAUGGUGGCAGGAGCGGGCGCUGAGGAAGUUUGAAGUUUUGGGGGUUUUGGAGGAUUCCCCCCCCCCUCCCCUCUCUCGAGCACAGUGGAGGAGGAAUGCCAAAUCCGGAGAGACAUGGGGGCAAGAAGGAUGGGGGCGGCGGGGGGUCCUCGCAGCACACGCCUGGCAGUGGGAGCUCGAACAGCAAGGAGAGGCACCGGCUGGCCUCCAGGCACAAGAGGCAUAAGUCCAGGCACUCCAAGGAGUCACCGCUGGCAGCCCAGGAGACGGCGGCACCCUUGGGCGCGAUGAUCAAGCCGCUGGUGGAGUAUGAUGAUAUCAGUUCGGAUUCGGAUACCUUCUCGGAUGAUGUGGCCCUCAAGCUGGACAGGAGGGAGAACGAGGAAAGGAAAGCAGACAGGAGUGAGAGGAUACAGAAACACCGGCACCACCAGCACAAGCGCAUUCGUGAGCUGAUGAAGAGCAAACAGGCAGAAAAAGAGAGGAAGUUAGAAAAGAGCCUGGAAGCAUCCAGCAGGUCCGGGUCCACCAAGGAGAGAAUAUCGGGAUCCUCCAAGAGACUCCUUGAAAGCGAGGAGCACCCAAAGUCACUGUCCUCAAAGAGUAGCAACAAGGAGUCCCGGUCAGCCAAAGCGCACAAGGAGAAGUCCAGGAAGGAUCGGGAGCUCAAGUCUAGCCACAAAGAGCGCAGUAAAAGCCAUCGGAAAAGGGAUGCUCCAAAAAGUUACAAAACAAUUGACAGUCCGAAGCGGAAAUCCAGAAGUCCUCACAGAAAAUGGUCUGACAGCCCUAAAUUGGAUGACAGCCCCUCAGGAGCCUCCUACAUCCAGGAGUAUGAUCUCAGCCCUCCCCGCUCCCACACAUCCAGUAACUAUGAUCCCUACAGGAAGAGCCCCGGCGGCUCCUCGCGCCGGCAGUCCAUCAGCCCACCCUACAAGGAGCCCGUGGCUUACCAGUCGAACACUCGCUCUCCUAGCCCUUACAGCCGGCGGCAGAGGUCGAUAAGCCCCUAUAACAGGAGGCGUUCCUCCAGCUACGAGAGAGGCAGCGGGUCCUACAGUGGGAGGUCACCCAGCCCUUACAGCCGACGGCGCUCGAGCAGCCCUUUUGCCACGAAACGGUCUGUGAGCCGAAGCCCCAUCGCCAGGAAAUCUGUGAAGUCCCGAAGCCGAAGUCCUGGGUAUUCAAGACACUCAUCAUCUCACAGUAAAAAGCAGAGGUCUGGGUCACGCAGUCGCCAUUCCAGUAUAUCACCGACAAGGCUACCGCUGAACUCCAGUCUGGGGGCAGAACUCAGCAGGAAGAAGAAGGAGCGAGCGGCAGCGGCCGCAGCUGCAGCCAAAGUGGAUGGGAAGGAGGCAAAGGGCUCGCCUGUUUUCCUGUCUAGAAAGGAGAACAGCUUAGCGGAACUUAAGGAGUCUGGAACAGAACCUAAAAAGGUCAUCAAAACUGUUAAAUCUGAAAAAUCAUCUUCAGAUACAGAAUUAGUUAAUUUACUGUACACGAAUGCAGAGACUAAAGCCCCUGCAGAAACAACAAAAAUCAAGGCAGAGGAGAACUCUGAGAGGAAACAUCCUGUUCCAGUUAGAGAUUCAAAACAGACGGGAACAAAAGACUUGAAGCCUGUAGCAGUGGUAGAGGACCUCCUAUCUCCAAAAGAGACGGAUGCAGCAGAGAAGGAGAUUCCACCCCCACUACCCUCAAUAAAAUCACCACCUCCGCCUCUGCCGACAACCACACCACCACCUCCAACUCCACCAUUGCCGCCUUUGCCUCCAUCACCUGCUGUUCCACCUUUGCCGCCAUCCCAACCGACUCCCAUUCAGGUCCCUACUUCAGCCCCAGCGUCUUUACCAUCUUCUUCCCACCCAAGGACGUCUACUUUAUCCUCUCAGGUGAACUCUCAGUCCUCUGUCCAAGUCGCUACAAAAACACAAGUGUCUGUGACGGCUGCUAUCCCACACCUGAAAACUUCAACGUUGCCUCCGCUUCCGCUCCCCCCUAUUUUAGUUGGGGAAGAUGACUUGGAUAGUCCAAAAGAGAUUCUUCCUCCAAAACCUGUGAAGAAAGACAGAGAGCAGAGACCACGACACUUACUCACGGACCUCCCGCUCCCUCCAGAGCUCCCUGGAGGGGACCCAUCUCCUCCUGACUCCCCGGAACCAAAGGCAGCCACACCACCUCAGCAACCAUUCAAAAAGAGACCAAAAAUCUGUUGCCCUCGGUAUGGGGAAAGGAGACAGACGGAAAGCGACUGGGGGAAGCGCUGCGUGGACAAGUUUGAUAUCAUCGGGAUUAUUGGAGAAGGGACGUACGGGCAGGUGUACAAAGCCAAGGACAAGGAUACAGGUGAAUUGGUGGCUCUCAAGAAGGUGCGACUGGACAAUGAGAAGGAAGGCUUCCCCAUCACGGCCAUCCGUGAGAUCAAAAUCCUUCGGCAGCUGAUCCACCGCAGUGUUGUUAACAUGAAGGAAAUCGUCACAGACAAACAAGAUGCACUGGAUUUCAAGAAGGACAAAGGUGCCUUUUACCUUGUGUUUGAGUACAUGGACCAUGACCUUAUGGGGCUGCUAGAAUCCGGCUUGGUACAUUUCUCAGAGGACCAUAUCAAGUCUUUCAUGAAACAGUUAAUGGAGGGUCUGGAUUACUGUCACAAAAAGAAUUUCCUUCAUCGAGAUAUUAAGUGCUCGAACAUCUUAUUGAACAACAGUGGGCAAAUAAAACUUGCAGAUUUUGGACUCGCCCGACUCUACAGCUCGGAGGAGAGCCGUCCGUACACAAAUAAAGUCAUUACGUUAUGGUAUCGACCUCCAGAAUUGCUGCUAGGUGAGGAGCGCUACACGCCAGCCAUAGAUGUGUGGAGCUGUGGCUGUAUCCUCGGGGAACUGUUUACAAAGAAGCCUAUUUUUCAAGCCAAUCUGGAACUGGCUCAGCUUGAAUUAAUCAGCCGGCUCUGUGGGAGCCCGUGUCCAGCGGUGUGGCCGGACGUCAUCAAGUUGCCCUACUUCAACACUAUGAAACCGAAGAAGCAAUACCGAAGGCGCCUGCGUGAGGAGUUCUCCUUCAUUCCUUCGUCUGCUCUCGACCUGCUGGACCACAUGCUGACGCUGGACCCCGGCAAGCGCUGCACGGCGGAACAGGCCCUGCAGAGCGACUUCCUUAAGGAUGUUGACCUCAGCAAAAUGGCACCUCCAGACCUUCCCCACUGGCAGGAUUGCCACGAGCUGUGGAGCAAGAAACGCCGACGGCAGCGGCAAAGCGGGAUUGCAGUGGAGGAGCCACCAUUAUCAAAAGUUUCUCGGAAAGAAACUACCUCUGUUACAAGCACAGACACUGUCAAAAACAACAGCAGUCCUGUGCACCCACAGCCUGCCCAGCUCAAACCAGAGCCUGGUGUUGGAGAUGCAGUAGGCCUUGGAGAAAUCACCCAGCAGCUGAAUCAGAGCGAACUAGCGGUUUUACUGAACUUGCUGCAGAGCCAGACUGAUCUGAGCGUCCCGCAGAUGGCCCAGCUGUUGAAUGUACACUCUAACCCAGAGAUGCAGCAGCAGCUGGAGGCUCUCAACCAGUCCAUCAACGCUCUGACGGAAGCCACAACUCAGCAGCACGAGUCUCAGGCAGCGGCAGCAGCGGAGGAACCCGUCGAAGAGCCACCCGCAGAGGCCCAGCUACCGGAGGAGCCGGCGACUCCAGAAGCAGCCAGCGCUCAGGGAGAUAUGCAGAACGUGCUGGCCGUUCUGCUGAGUCAGCUGAUGAAGAGCCAGGAGCCUGUUCUAACCCUGGAGGAGAGCAACGGGGAGAAGAGCAGCGAGCAGCGGGGGCCAAGGAAAACCCCUACAAUGCAUCCGGAAGAAAGUACAGCAUGUCCUCCUCGCAUUCUCCCACCAGAGAAGAGACCCCCUGAGCCCCCCGGGCCGCCGCCGCCGCUGCCUCUGCCCGAAGGCGAUCUCUCCAGCGCAGCCCAAGAGUUGAACCCGGCCGUGACGGCUGCGCUGCUGCAGCUCUUUUCCCAGCAAGAAGCGGAGUCUCUCGGCCGCGCCACGCACGAACACCAACCCUCCAGAGCCGCGGACUACGGCAGGUCCCACUCCUCCAGGACUUACAGCGCCGAGGGCUCAGAGGGGGGAUUUGGGGCCGAGGAGCUGAAUUCGGGCCAGACGCUACUAGAACCCUCUGCCCAGCCUCUGGGGAAAAGCAGGACCUUCUUGGGCUCCGUGAGCCACCUCGGGGAGACGAGCAGUUACCAGGGCACGGGCUCUGUCCAGUUUCCAGGGGACCAGGACCUCCGCUUCGCCAGAGUCCCCGUCGCCAUCCACUCGGUUGGGCAAUCUUUUACCAAAGCCGAGGGGAGCAGCAACACCAACAACACGCUGGUACAUCCAGAGGCCAAAAUUCAAAACUACGGCGAGCUGGGAGCGGGGACGGCCGGUUCCAGCGGGGCAGGAACGGGUCACAACUGGGGUGCCCCAACCCAGGCCACCUCUUCCUACGGGAAGGCGUAUCGGGGGCCUGGCCGAGUGCCUCCGCGGGGGGGACGGGGCAGGGGGGUUCCGUACUGAGACACGCGCCUUCCGCGCCGCUCCUCCCCUCCCUUGCCUCUCUACCUUUAGUGACAUGACUCUUUAUUUUUUUUUUUAUUUUAUUUUAUUUUUUUUUUUGUUGCCAGAGCAAGGUCUCGUCCGCAUUUCAGCUGCUGCGAAGCUCCCUGUUGUAUCCCUGGCUGGGCUGCCGGCGGGCACCCUGGUGCUUGCUGGCGCGUCCCCCUCUUGGUGGGGGGGGGUGGGGGGGGUGUCUGGCUGCCCAAAACCUCUCGCGCUUGGUUAGUGACAAAAAGAAACCAACAAACCAACCCCACGGCGGGUGGCGGUGAGCUUUCUGCCCUGAGCCAGCAGAGGAGGGGAGGUGGGGGGUAGAAUUGUUUAAAAAAAAUAGGAGGAAUGAAACAAACCCACCUGGGUGGGAAGAAGGAAAUAAAAAGAAAACAAAACAAAAGAAAAAAAAAAAAAACAAACCACAAAACCCUGUUUCAUGAGCUGGGCACGGCUGCUUCUCCCCGGGGGAAGUACGGCGCAGUGCUCAGGUAGGGCUGGGGGAGAGUCUGGCUCCCAAAGCGAUUUUUGGGGGUUGUGUGUUUUUUGUUUUUUUUUUUUUUUUCCCCCGAAUUCCCUUAAAAGAGGAAAACAAAAAAAAAAAAAGGAAGGAAAAAAGAAAAAAAAAAAAAGAAAAAAAAAAAAAAAGGAAUAUAUUGAUGUGGAGGCGCCUGGAUCCCUUACCCUGGGGGUGGAGCCCCAGGAUGUGGCACUGGCUUGUACUCAGUUUAUCCGGCAGCGCUUUCUUUCCAUAAAGUGUCCGGCUUUUCCGUAAAGCUCCGCUCCGAGCCCUCCUGGGCGGCUGCGGGUCCAGGUCCUCUCUCUUUUUGACGGUAGCCUUAGUCAGUUGGCUUUUGUGAAGGGUCUCUUUGGGGUUUGUAUCUCUCCUGCCGUAACUUUGCAGUGGGAAUCGUCUUCUUAUUUUGUCGUCUUUUUUUUUUUUUUUUUUUUUUAAGAGCCGAAGAGAACACCUCACUUCCCAAGUACGUGUUUCUUUGUCAUUCGUAACUUCCAAAACACUUUAAGAAUUAAAGAAAAAAGAAUUAAAAAAAAUAACCCACUUCUGGUGGGGAACGGCACCAGGCAGGAGUGUCCUUUGUACCCGCAUCCUUCGGGGCUGGUGGUGGGGUCCCCCCCCGGGGCCCCCCCAGCAGCAUCUCAGUACUUCGAGGCUUCCCAGGCGUUACUGUAUCAUUUCUAUAAGCAUAUAUAUAUAUAUAUUUUUGUUGUUGUCAAGUAUUUACGAUUAAUUUUCUCCUCCCGCAGAACGUUGCCAUGUUGUCCAUUUCAAUGAGACUUAAACAAAAGAGAUGAAUAAAACAAAGGUACAUAUUUAUGAGCUGCUUUUUCCUGAGUAGGCCUUUCCUAUGGAAAACGUACGCUGCUUCGUUUAAUUUUCGAGACGACAGUGUU